UCUUGUCGUUGAACAAUAAAGCAUACGGUACCAGCAAUAAAACACAGAGCCGGCAAAUUUAAGAAGAUUCCACUGAACCAGGAAGAACACUGCUUUCGAUGAUGCUGACAUGUAUUGUAAAAUGAUAAUCAAUUUAUUUUGGAUUCUAGUGAAUAAAGAGUGCCAGGACUAAGAUACAGCUAUUUGAACAGGUACAUGUGACAGUGCUGCAGCUAUGAGUGGAAUUUUAAAGAGGAAGUUUGAAGAAGUUGACGGCUCUUCACCCUGCUCCUCUGUGCGGGAAUCGGAUGAUGAAGUCUCCAGCAGUGAAAGUGCUGACAGUGGAGACAGUGUCAAUCCAUCCACUUCUAAUCACUUUCCCCCUUCCUCCAUCCUUAAAAGAGAGAAACGUCUGAGGACAAAAAAUGUGCAUUUCAGUUGCGUCACUGUGUAUUACUUCACCAGGAGACAAGGCUUCACGAGUGUGCCCAGCCAAGGGGGCAGCACCCUGGGCAUGUCCAGCCGACACAAUAGUGUGCGCCAGUACACGCUGGGUGAAUUCGCUCGGGAGCAGGAGAGACUCCAUCGGGAGAUGUUGCGAGAACACCUCCGGGAAGAAAAACUGAACUCUUUAAAACUAAAGAUGACUAAGAAUGGCACCGUGGACUCUGAAGAAGCUAGCACUCUCACAGUGGAUGACAUUUCUGAUGAUGACAUUGAUUUAGACAACACCGAGGUAGAUGAGUACUUCUUUCUACAACCCCUGCCAACAAAAAAACGGAGAGCUCUGCUGCGGGCCUCUGGAGUGAAAAAGAUUGAUGUGGAAGAGAAGCAUGAGCUUCGAGCCAUUCGCCUCUCGAGAGAGGACUGUGGCUGCGACUGCCGCAUGUUCUGUGAUCCGGAAACGUGUACCUGCAGCCUGGCAGGCAUUAAGUGUCAGGUGGAUCGAAUGUCUUUCCCAUGUGGCUGCACGAAAGAAGGAUGCAGUAACACAGCAGGUAGAAUUGAAUUUAAUCCUAUUCGUGUUCGGACUCACUUUUUGCACACAAUAAUGAAACUUGAACUGGAGAAAAACCGAGAGCAGCAAAUCCCUGCUCUGAAUGGCUGCCAUGGUGAGCUCAAUGCUCAUAGUAGUUCCCUGGGCCAAGUAGCUCAUUCAGUAGAAUAUUCCAUCACAGACAAUUUUGAGAUUGAAACAGAACCCCAGGCUGCUGUACUGCACCUACAGUCUGCUGAGGAAUUAGAUUGCCAAGGAGAAGAGGAGGAGGAGGAGGAGGAGGAAGAGGAGGAAGAUGGGAGCAGCUUCUGCAGUGGAGUCACUGAUUCUAGUACUCAAAGCUUGGCACCAAGUGAGUCCGAAGAAGAGGAAGAGGAGGAAGAAGAGGAAGAAGAAGAGGAGGAUGAGGAUGACGAGAAAGGGGACAGCUUUGUGGAAGGCUUGGGUACUCAUGCUGAAGUUGUGCCUCUUCCCUCCGUCCUUUGUUAUUCUGAUGGCACUGCCAUUCAUGAGAGUCACUCAAAAAAUGCUUCUUUUUAUGCCAACUCUUCAACUCUCUAUUACCAAAUAGAUAGCCACAUUCCAGGAACACCUAGCCAGAUCUCAGAGAACUAUUCGGAAAGAGAAACGAUCAAAAACGGUACCCUCUCGCUGGUGCCUUACACCAUGACCCCUGAACAGUUUGUGGACUACGCCCGACAAGCAGAAGAAGCUUAUGGCACCUCCCACUACCCAGCUGCCAAUCCCUCUGUCAUUGUUUGCUGCUCCUCUGCAGAAAAUGACAGCGGAAUGCCCUGUAAUAGUUUGUAUCCUGAACACAGGUCCAGUCAUCCGCAAGUGGAAUUUCACUCCUACUUGAAAGGCCCGUCCCCUGAAGGGUUUGUCUCUACAUUGAAUGGUGACAGUCACAUUUCAGACCACCCCGCUGAAAAUCCCUUGAGCCUUGCAGAAAAGAGCAGAUUGCACGAGGAGUGCAUCAAAUCGCCAGUAGUCGAGACUGUCCCUGUGUAGUUUCAGUUAUUCUAGGACCAAUCAACCUUCUUGUAUGUAAAGCAUUGUAUUUCAUUGGAUUUCUGGGCUCAUCUUUGUUUAAACUGAGGACCAAAAACUCUUCGACUGUGGUAAAUCUUCUAGACUGUGUUCUGUUUUUCUCCUUUCUAGCUAUAUGACUGUGGCAUUGCACAAAUACAGUCUCUAGGAGGAUUUUAAAAGAUUUCAGUCUGUUUUGAUAGAAAAUGCUAAUUAAAAAAAAAAGCAUAUCUCACAGUUGCCUACCUGUCAAACUGUGCAAAACCUGCCAAGCUGUGUAGAUCAGACUUCCAAGUUUUGGAUUAUCGGGCCUGUGCAAGAUUGUUAACCAAGAGUGGGAAAUAAUAAGAUUUAGAGUCCUAAUUUUCAAUAUAUCUGAAGAUUAUGGUGACUUUUUAAUGUCAAAGUAAUUAUUGUAAGAAAAAAAAGAUUU